AUGAACUAUGGCACGGAUGACUAUCCCCUCCUGGAGUUGGAGGAGAAGGAUUAUGAAUUCAGCGGACACCCUCUAAAGAUCACGAUGUUUAAAGGAGCUUCUUUAGGCGUCUCUGCUUAUGUUUGGGGACCUGGGAUUGUCCUUUGUCGCUAUUUUGAGGCUCAGAAGAUUGAUUUUACCGGCAAGAAGGUGCUUGAACUGGGCUCUGGCACUGGAAUUGUGGGCAUAUUGGCGGUGCUAUUGGGUGGAGAUGUCACCAUGACGGAUAGGCCGUACGUUUUGAAACAAAUCGAGUAUAACAUACUGGCUAAUGUUCCGCUCAACUCUAGACACCGUUCCAAAAUCCGCGCCCUGGCUUGGGGUAGCGACCAGGACAGUUUCGCAACCGACUUUGAUAUCAUUCUGGGAUCGGACAUCGUGUACAGCCCAUCGCAAUUUCCGAAUCUUAUACAGACAUUGCUGCACUUCUGCACAGAAAAGACUGUAAUUUAUCUGUGCUCGGAUGUGAAGUAUAGAGAGGGAUCGGCUGAAUUCCACAAUGAGCUCAUGCCGGCGCAAUUUCAUAGCCAACUCAUUCAUACCAGCGGAAGCAGUUGCAUUUACAAAGUGACAAAAAAAGUUUCAGACGAUGAAGACUAG